CUCACCCCCAAGUGCGUAGCGCCGUCUCGUUCUAAAGUUGCGCAAUUGCAACUUCGUCUCUGUCGGUUCGCGACUUCGACUUAAGUCUAGUUUGUAUUCUCGCGGGUGAUUAGUCGAGAUAAGCGGAGAUAACCGGGUAACAUUUGUUCAGCAGCACAACACGAGCACGACAUAAACUGCCAAAAUGUUUAAAAGUCAUUUAGAAAUGAUUGGCAGAAAUGAGACGCCGUCGAAGAAAGCCAGAUUUUGGCAAUCCUUCGUGCGAUCUCUAAAAGGAUCGGAAGACAUCAGAGCCGAGGAGAGGUACAGGCCCAGCCGCCGUAGCGUGUUCCCCGAGCUCUUGAGCACCAGCUACCCCUACAGCAAGUCUAUCUACGACGACCCCAUCGCCGCCGCUGAGAGGAUCACCGUCCCCGGAUACCGCUACCUGCCCGUCCACCGUGAGGUUUACGGAUACUCCCCACGCCCCAUCUAUGCCCACAACUACCCGCGCUCCCUUGACUCGUACAGGCCAGUAUAUCACGUACCGAGGCGCAUCCGACGAGGCGUCGACCCCUUCGAUGCCCACAAGGCGUGGCAGGAACAUCUCGACAGACUGGCAGCCAUCGACAGGCUGUACCCCUCUCGCUACGGUCUCUACCUGAAGGACCGGGCAUACCCCAUCACCGACCUUAGCGCUCCCAUUUCCGCACCCCUGGAGCCCAAGAGCCUAAAAGGCAUCGAAUAUGAGCCUGACAGCAAGCCCCACUGGGGAACAGGAGCGUGGCCGGCGAGGAUAUCGGACGUGUUCAAAAGCGACCCUUUUUUCGCUGAAGCCGAAAAAUGGGCAGACUUUGACCGCUCACUCCGAGGGAGGUCCCCGACGCCCGUGAAGCCGAGGAUUAGCCCACCGCGCGACUGCGAGGUCGCAUACGAUGCCGACGGUGCACCGCUGUACAACGCUGGCGGACUCCGAAGAAGGCCUUGGGCUGACAUUUUCAACCCGAGCCCCUCUCUACCGAUUUCGGCGAUCACUCGGGACCCCUUCUGGUACGACUGGCCGGAGCUGAAGCCCAUUGCCAGAUGGGACCGCAGCCCCUCCUACAUCCGUGACUCGUACCUGUCGCCUGUCAAACGCACCUUCCUUUGGGACAAACACCCGAUCAGGCCGUUAGAUUUAAUGGUGGCAGACCGGUUGACCGUGGACGAUCUAAGCAAGACUUUACCAUUUAUGCGUAGUCUAUAAAACAAGCAAUAUUAAGCUGCUGCUUUCUAAGGGGCGUGACACCGAACCCACGAUAUUAUAAGAACUUAAUUUAUAUUUUAUAAACUUUUCUGUUAUACAUUGACUAUGUUAAAACAAUUAUUUAACAAUAAAAUUUAAACUAAGUAAGCUACAAAAUAAAUUACGAAUACUUAAUAUUUUUUGAUCAGUGAUCACGCAAGAUCUCAAAGACUGCAAUAACAUAGUCACUGCCACGAAUAUGAACUUGUUACAAAAGUUUUGUUUUUAUUACCUAAAUAUUUUUAUUUAUUCCAUAAAUUAAAAAAAUCAAUAAAAUCUAUAAAAACUCAA